AGCAAAAAAAUAGUCCCUGACCGUCGCUACGUUUCUGUCUUUGACCAGAGUGAAGUGCAAGUGCCUGUUGAAGGAUUUUUUUAGAGAAGUAACGUCCUCCAGGCCCGCGAUGGACCGCACACUUAUUUGCUUCCGGAGCUGAUCGAUAUUCGACAUGGUUGACAAUAAAUAAACUGUAUUUUACUGUUGGUCGACGGUCAAGAAUAACAUACGGUGUAUAUAACGAUUGCACGGACGACAAUGCGGGACUAGCAGCACUGGGCGGCAGUCGACUGCAGAUCUCGAGAUGAAGAUAAGUCGCGGGCAAAUAGUGAGCGUAUGUCCAAAAUGCGUACAUUUGGACAGGGCGACCAAAGAGGACUACGCGAACACCUUGCACGCGGGCGUCAGUAAGGCGAUGGACGACAUAACGGGACAGAUUAAGUCCAUCUACUUUUAUGUGGUAUCCACCAUCAUGGUGAUAGCGCUGUUGUUCGUGGCCACGUAUCUAGUGGUCAGGUGCAAUAGUUCGUUUCGGCACCACAACAACGACUCGCACUUGAGGUCUUUCCAUAGAAGAUCGGCGCCCGCCGAUGUGGUGGACGCCACGUCCCUAGUCAAUUCCAAAAAGUUGUACGCUGAAGAACCAGACCGCCGAGCGACCAAGCUGAUUGCGCUCGAUUUGGGCGUGACCGACGUGCACUACGUGUUCAUAAGUGACUCGUGGCCGUCAUGGAUGUCCAUGUGCUCACUGGAGUCCGCGGUGAGCGCUGUCGGCGACAAUGGACGUGUCAACGUGUUUUUGGUAAACGGCACCAAGACUGACCACCAAAAACAGAAAUCGGUAGAACUAUUGGCCAGCUUGGAAGGACUGUCGGCGACGUACGGCAAUCGGCUAAACGUGGUGAACGUGGAUCUAGAAGAGUGUCUGGACUGCUCGCCGUUUCGGGGGUUGAAUCUGGACGGGCGCACUGCCCUGGCCAAGUUUGUCGUCGAGCUGGUGUUGUUGUGGCAGUUCGGUGGCACCGUGCUGGACGCCGGUGUAGUGGCCGUCCACGGCCACGUGUACCGGGCUUCAGGCACGGCAGUUGAGUACGACCAUCAAGAAAUCAGUUCGCCGAUCGCAUGCCACGAUUUCAUUUACAACGCAAUGUUGUGUACCAAGGACUUCAUAAUUGAUGCAAAAAAGCCGUUUGGUACGAAGAGCGGCAGAUGGAUAAUGGACAAGACCGUCAAGGUGUUUCGGUACGCCACUAAAGACGUACGGCCGUUGAACGAACGUGUGGUAUGCAAGAACGGUGUGGUGACCGACUAUUGUUACUAUGUAGAAGCCGACCACGUAGAGUACUAUGACACAUCAUAUGUGCACAGUUUCUGUCCCGUUGUAUGGAACACGUCCCAAGUACCCGCAUGACUCGACAAAACCAUCCAAAACUAUUAACUAAUUUCAUGAUUAUUGGCGCUAAGCUCUCAAUUUUUAAUUUUUUUAUUUACACUAUCAUUAUAAUUGUAAGCAAACGAGUAACAAACGAUUAUUAUUUAAGAAUUAAAUAAAUACGAGUAAGUAUAAAUUAAAAUUCAGAGGCGCCAAACCUGUUGUUUCACAUACCAUGAUAAGUGGGCGAUUUUUUUUUCGGGAGAACGGUUAGGUUAGGAGCACGGGAGGAGAUCUAAAGGGUCAUCUUUUCGCUCUCUAACGCCCGCAACGAGCCGGCGACCUCCCCUUAAACCGCCGAUGUGUUAUGGGGGAGAAUUAUAUCAUUUUACUACCCGUACGAAACCGGGUACAACAGCUAGUUAUAAAAUUCUAAAAAAAGUUAUCUGAGCGCACGGCAUUGCGCUAGGCCAAGUUCCAGCAAAACCAGUGUAUCUACACGAACCAAUUCAUCUAGUUUUUCUAACCCACAUUUUAACAGAGAUAUCUUGUUGUUUAAGAUAAACUUUUGAAAUUUGAAACAUAGAUUAAGUUCGAGUAGCUUAGGUUAAUGUAAAACAUUGAGCCCUUAAUAUUAAUCCAUUUCAAAAGGGGAGAAUUUCAAAGUUUUAAUUUUUGUUACCGACUCACUCAAAAUUAAUGACGCUUUAGGGAGUGUAGUUCUAAAUGCACGAUGUGUGUGACGCUCAGAUUCCCGCGCCGUCGAAACAAACGCGUUCUCUUUCAGCGUUACAAUAAUAUGGCAAUAAGCAAUUGUUUGUAAGUAAAUACUUAUCAAAUAUAUUGUUUUCUUAUUUUUUUUUUCGGUUAUCAAAUACAGAAUAUUUUAAUAAUCGUAAUAAUAUCAUUAUUUAAUUCAGUCUGUAUACUCUAUAUCCGUGUUUUUUUCGCCGGAGAAUUCGUUCGUUCGUUCUAAGUAUAAAAAAUAAUAGCCAGUGCCGCUUUUCUAAGAAAAAUUGUAUUAGAGAAAAAUCUAACGCGCGGCUCUAUGUUCGAAAUGCUCCCACUAAUGCCUCGCAAAAAGGAAUGAUAUCUCAAAAACAAAAACCGAACAGUGAAAAAGGGCCAAGUUCCAGACCUCCUCCCAAAAAAAGUCAGCCUAUCAAAGUCUAUAUUGUGGCCAAGUCUGUUUUAUGCUUUAUUCUGGAAAUUCAUGUUUCAUUCAGAAACUGGCCAAGUGUCGAGCAAUACAUUAUACAAAGAGAGGUGUUGUUAAGAAAGUAGGAGUGAAGUAAAUACAUUUGAACACUUAUUCCGAAACCCUGCUAAUCCUCUACAAGUGAUUGAAACAUUUUCUGUUUCUUUAAUUUAGACGAAUGAAAUUUUAUAUUUAAGAGAAAAUGAAAUGAAAUAGUAAAAAUAUCUAAAUUAGAAAUACAUAAUUAAUCCAAAACAAACCAUAAAAUAUAAAAACCUCGUUGAAAACUUCAAUUCAGAAUUCAAAAAUACAGCUCAAUUAUAGUUUAAUUAGGCUAUUAUGGUUAUAAAUAUUAAAUGCUAGUCUAAUGUUGUUUUACAAGAAUUAAGUAGUCCCUAAAGUUGGCACUCUCAGUUAUUUCGCAAAUACACGGGUUACAAAAAUGAUAUAUUAUAUUAUUACAGUAUUAUGCUCGUAUAUUUUUAAAAUAGUCAAAUUUUAUAGAUUUUGUAAGACGUUCUAAAAAUAAU